AAUCACUCAAUGCGCGCUCUCUCCGUUUCCUUGAAAAAAAGAAAAGGAGAGAAAAGAAAAGAAAACAGAGACAGAACGAGGGAGGGAGGGAGGGAGCUGUGGCAUUAAUGGGCUCCUCUUCUCCUCUUCCUCUCAUUAUUUUCUUUCUCGCGCUAUUGUUCGUGAUUCUCCUUGGUGCCUCUCAUGCCUCCACUCUCAAAGGUGUUGAUCUUGGAAAUCCAAUCAUAGAUGUCAUUCCAUCCUUCCUCAAUGGACGUUUGCCUAGCCGAAGUUUUAAAGAUGUUUUAUAUUGUGAGCGAGCUAAAGUGAAUGGUCACUCGAGAUUCCAGCUUGGAAGUUAUGCUAGUAUCUUUCUAGUUACUUUGGCUCCAGCUGCUGUAAUCCCAGAGAGAUUGCAUAGCAAAAUUCAAGUUUGUUUUCAUAAGAAUGCAUCACUUGGAUUAUGUCAUUGUGAAAAGAAUGAAUGGAAAACUGUUCAAAAGGGCCAGUGGAGCUCUAUCAUGUCUCCCUACGAGGAUAGAUAUGUUGAUGUGAAGUUCAUAAGUGAAAUUUCUGGUUCUGUCUCUAUCUCUGUUGAAGAAGAUUUGCAGCUAUGGCGCCUCUUGUGUCUAGCAGUCGGAUUUCUGUUAUUAUUGCUGGCUCCAAUUGUCAGCAGUUGGGUUCCUUUUUAUUAUAGCACCUCAAUGGCUAUUGGUGUUUGCCUUGUUGUUAUAAUCCUUCUAUUCCAGGGAAUGAAAUUAUUGCCAACUGGAAGGAAAAAUUUCUUCUAUCUUUCCAUAUAUGGAUCAGUGCUUGGAGCUGGCACUUACGUUUUACAUCACAUUUCAAUGCUGGUAAAUUCCAUUCUCAUCAGCUAUGGGCUGAGUGAAGAAAUGCUCAAUCCAGCCUCUGUAUUUGUAUUAGUAGGGAUUGUUCUUGCAGGAGCUGCUUUAGGUUACUGGAUUGUGAGAAAAUUUGUAAUCUCAAAGGAUGGAAGUGUGGAUGCUGGUGUAGCCCAGUUUGUGAAAUGGGCAAUGCGCAUCAUUGCAACCACCAUUAUCAUGCAGAGCACCAUUGAUACUCCUUUAGCAAUGGUUACCUUGAUUUCUUUGUAUACUGUCUGCUUUCUUAUCAAUGCAUGGAGGCAGCGACAUCUAGUGCAUCAAUCAUAUUCUCGGGGUGGAAGGCCUUGGCUCCAACAGGGAAGAGAGGCAAUAGCAAAGCAUAAUCAUGCUGAAUUCCUUAGCAGGUCAAUGAAAAUGAGCCCUGGAAGGAAGAUGUGGAGUAGCUUAAAAAGCUCAUCUGCUUGGUCCCACUCUCCUGUAAAAGGUUUAUUACAACCUGUUACUUGUGCUGGGACAAGAGAUCAGCAGGUUUAUUUGUCAACCUUCCACAAGACGCAAAAACGAAAGAGGUUCACAAAAGAAGAGUGGGAGGAUUUUACAAGGGAAUCAACCCAGCAAGCUGUAGCAGAAUGGGCAUCAUCACCAGAAGUUGCUAAUUGGAUCAUUGAGAAUGCUGACCGAAUUCAACUCCUGCCAAGUGAUUGCAGUUCUGAAGAGACAGUGGAAAGUGAAUCAGACUCCACAAAUGAGACUGUUGGUGGGAGUGGCAAGCAAUUUAACUUGUUUAAUUGGUAGCAACCGGAGUUGAAAGACAGUAGCAAUCAGAGAUCUAAUUCAUUCGGAAUAUGGUGGGGAGCAGCAAAGAUUUUGGAACAUUACCCUCGUUUGUUACACCAUCAAGCAACGGCAGUGAGUCUUGCAGCAGUUUUUCCCGUCUCAUGUUUAGCUUGUUUCCAUAAUUAGCUGAUGUAAUUUCUCUCUCCUCCUGAAUAUUGACCGUACUGGAAGGUACCAACACUUCUCCACACAAACUUGGAAAGGGUUUGUAGAUUAUUGUUUUGAAGAAUGUAUAUUAAAAAGGAAAAAAUGCAGUCUCUAAUCCAUUGAAUUCCCGUUUUAUUUCAACGGAAGCUUGGUACAACAUCAGCAGGAAAAAUGGUUUUCAGAUUUGCUCUAGGAAUUGUCGGAGUUGAUUAGAGACUCCACGGUGGUUCUUGUUGGUCUUUGCUAGUUGAAGGGUACAACGGUGUAGAGCUGUACACGUGGUCGGUUUGGAAUUUUUUUCCUAAUAUGCCAUAUUAUUUAAUUUUUAUUUGUUGAGUUAGAAAUGGAA